UCCUGGGGCGGGACUGGAGCUUCGGCAGUUGAACCGCUCGCGAGGAGGGUUGUCCGUGGAGAAGGUCUCUGUCUCAUUCCCCUCUCCAGCGACACUGGCCAUGGACCAGCCAGCUGGCCUGCAGGUGGACUACGUCUUCCGGGGUGUGGAGCAUGCCGUGCGGGUGAUGGUGUCUGGGCAGGUGCUAGAGCUGGAGGUGGAGGACCGGAUGACGGCCGACCAGUGGCGGGCCGAAUUCGAUGCCAGCUUCAUCGAAGAUUUGACUCACAAGACAGGGAACUUCAAACAGUUCAACAUCUUCUGUAACAUGCUGGAGUCGGCCCUCACCCAGAGCAGUGAGUCGGUUACCCUUGACCUGCUGACCUACACAGAUCUGGAGUCCCUGCGGAACCGAAAGAUGGGGGGCCGCCCAGGCCCCUUGGCCUCGAGAUCGGCCCAGCUCAACUCCAAGCGCUACCUGAUCCUCAUCUACUCUGUGGAGUUUGACAGGAUUCACUACCCGCUGCCCCUCCCGUACCAGGGCAAACCAGACCCUGUGGUCCUGCGGGGCAUCAUUCGCUCACUAAAGGAGGAGCUGAGCCGCCUUCGAGGGCUGGAUGGCCAGGACACUCGGGACAGCCGGGAAACUGAGAUCUGGCAUCUGCGGGAGCAGGUGUCGCGCUUGUCGGCUGAGAAGCGCGAGCUGGAGGCCCAGCUGGGCAGAUCGCGCGAGGAGGCGCUGGCCGGGCGGGCGGCGCGCCAGGAGGUCGAGGCGCUGCGCGGGCUCGUGCGCGGCCUGGAGCUGGAGCUGCGGCAGGAGCGCGGCCUCGGGCACCGCGGGGCCGGCCGCCGAAGCCAGGAUUGCCGCCGCCUGGCCAAGGAGCUAGAGGAGGUGAAGGCGUCGGAGCGGAGCCUGCGUGCCCGGCUGAAGACGCUGAACACCGAGCUGGCCAUGUACAGGAGGGGGAGACGGACUACACCGGUGGUGCCGCCCUCGGCCCGGGAAGAUCGGGCUUCGACGUCUCGGGAGCGCUCCACGUCGCGUGGCCGUGGCGCUGCCCGCUCCUCAUCCCGGGAGAGCGACCGCGGGGGCCGGGGUCAAGGCCGCCCUGGCCGCCCCUCGCCCUCGCCCACAGGUGGUCGCGUGCCCCGUUUCGACCCAACAGCCUUUGUGAAAGCCAAGGAGAAGAAGCAGAGAGCGAUCAAGAUGAAGCAGCAGCAGCAGCGAAACCGAUUGGGCAGCGGAGGAAGCGGGGACCGUCCAUCCACCUCCUGGUCUCGCCAAACUCGGCCCCCCGCAGCCGUGACCGGUCGAGGAGACGCGGCUAACCGCUCCCGAAACCGCAGCUCCUCGGUGGACAGUUUCCGCAGCCGCUACUCGUCCGCCAGCUCCUGCAGCGAGUCCGAGGAUUUCUCUGAAUCCCUCCCUAGAGGCGUUCGUCGCCGGGGGAAGCCGCCCAGCCCCACCACUUGGAGGGGGUCCAAUACGCAGCAGAAGCCUAGCCCCCUGGAACGCGGCCGCCAUCAGAGACGCCUGGCGGACUCGGGGGGCUGGGUCCCCAUCAAAGAGUACAGCUCGGACCACCAGGCAGCUGACAUGGCCGAAAUCGACGCCCGCCUGAAGGCCUUGCAGGAAUAUAUGAACAGACUGGACGUGCACUCGUGACCUCAGAGAGAGACUACUGCCCCUCCAAUGGAUUCGGAUGGAUUCGGCGUGAGGGGCGGGGCUGGUGUGUCCUGGCCCCGCCCAGGCCCCGCUCCUCCUGGUGCUGUUGGGGUCUCAGGUGUGUGAGGCCCCAAUCCCUACGUCUCCCGCAGGCAUUGCAUUCUGGGAGGGAGGCCCACGCCGCACCAGCCCAGCGUCCGCACGUGGUAGUGCUGCACGUUCUGGACCUGCUUCAGGCAAGAGGCUGGGGUGUCCCAGGCGCUGCCCGCUGCGUGCGACACCACCGCGUAGCGCACGGGCCCAUCUUAGCGCUGGUUGCGCUCGGACGCCAGGGCCUUCCACUCUCUGCGGGGCACGAUGGGGAUGCAGCUUACCGAGGCUUCUUGAGCCGCUCCGAGGCUGAGGACGGCCGGAGAGGGCCCAGGCGAGCAGCGCGCAGCGGCAGGUCAUGGCAGGCAGGGCGCGCGGAGAUGGCUAGCAGCUCCAGGCUGGCUCUGCGCCUUUAUCUGCCUGGGGGGCAGGGAAGGCCUUGCAUCACACCCCGCGGGACUUCCCAGUGGGAACCCAGGCUCCGAUUCCUUCUCUGGCAGGGCCCCAACAGGAUGCGGUGUGGUCCGGUCCGGAGGGGGGAUACCGUGGUAAAGCCAAGGGCCCCCUCACCCAGCCGAGAGUUGGGGGUGGGGAGAGGCACACAGGCCCUUGGGCACUUCGCCCCGUGGUUUCUGGAAGACCCAGGGUCUGGAUCUCUGCCCUGUUUUGUCUCUCCUCUCAGUGGAGCAUUGGACAGCUCACCAGGACUUAACAUGGGAGGCAGGCGGCCAGGCCUCUUCUCCCAUCCUCCUGCAAGGAACUGAAGAAACAAAGGGGCCCAUUUUAAAAACACUUCUCCUGGACCUAAGCCCGAUGUCAUUUAACCCUUGCAGCAAACUGAAGAGGAAGACACUGACCCGAGGUCUUACUGCUGGUCAGUGACUCAGGCUGGACUAGAACCCAGGUCUCCUGAACCCCAGUCCGGGGGCCUCCGAACAUCCCUGGCCCAGUCCAUCUAGGAAGGACAGCCUCUGCUCAUAGACAACCCUUGGGAAGACCCAGGUUAACCUUCCCAUGUGCCCUUUCUUGGGACUGGCAGAGCUGGGCUCCUGGAUGUGAAACCCAGGGUGAUGCUGUCAGUUCCUGCUCUCGCUGGAUUCCCCACUGGCUUCCUUGUUGCCCCAGGAAUAAAUAGACUUGAUUUUC